ACACUGGUCAGUGAUGUAAAUGUUACAAAAUAGCAUGUCAUGAUGAUGGUGUUAUGUUUUUAAAGGUUUUAGUCUAUGUUUUAUGUAUUUUUGUUUGUUUUGAAUUUAAACACCUCCAAUUCAUUAACUAUAAAUGGCUCCAUUUCCAAUUAAAAUGUUAGGGGAUGGCAUAAUUAUUUAGAACAAGUCAAAUUAAUUACAUAAUAAAUUGAUACACAAAAAUUAAAAAGUUAUCAAUUAGUGCUACAAUGUACCAUGCUUUUAACAACAGUAGUACUUUUUACUUUAAUUACAUUGAUUUUCACAGGAAAAAUACUAGUUCCAUUUGUAGCAUAUAAAUAUAAUUUAAAAACUGUCUCGUUUGGAUAAGUGCAAGUUAUAGAAGUUGUAACACUGUUACAAGACUCCUGGUUUUGAAUUGUGAAGGCAUCCAAACAAACGCCUAUAUCUGCGCAGACGCAAGUCUAUCGACUCGCAUUUGAAACCAAAACAGGAAGUCGUAAGUAUUGUGGGACGUGUAGUUCCGCUUGUAGGCCGCUGGUCUGGAUAACAGCACACGAAGGAACCAAACAAAACAAAAUUAGGGAAACUUCUUAGGGACUGCAGUAUUACUGGUGCAUCUUCUACAAAAUCAUGCCCGGCUUUACUUGCUGCGUGCCCGGAUGCUACAAUAACUCACACCGAGACCGCGAUCUGCGAUUCUACACCUUUCCGAAGGAUCCCACUCAACGAGAGAUAUGGCUGAAGAACAUUUCGCGGGCCGGGGUGAGCGGCUGCUUCAGCACUUUCCAGCCCACCACCGGCCACCGGGUUUGCAGCGUCCACUUUCCCGGCGGCAGGAAAACCUACACCAUUCGCGUCCCGACCCUUUUCCCUCUGCGCGGGGUGAACGAGAGGAAGAGUAGACGGGGAAGGAGCAGGAAAGUGUCAGCGGUUGUGCCCAUCAUCAGCUCCGUCGUUUCUACGGCUAACGAGUCAGCGCCAGUAGAGGAAGAGGGGGACACCGAAAACGCCACCCUGGUGCAGAUAGGUCAGAACGGCCAGUACAUCGCGCCCGUGGACCUCACCGUUUCGGGGGACGGUUCCUGCCUCACAGCGGUGGUCUCGGGCUCAGGUGGAGAUCUAUCAGGGGACAGCACGCCGUGCCCCGUGGCCGAUCUCGCGCUGUGCGGGGCGGAUCACUCGUACUCGCUCACCACCGGCACAACGUCUGCGGAACUGCUUCGGAAGUUGAACGAGCAGCGGGACAUAAUCGCGCUGAUGGAGAUUAAAAUGAAGGAGAUGAAGAACACCAUCCGACAGCUGCGAGUCAAUGAGGCACGGCUGCAGGAGGAGCUGCGGGAGCGGGACCGUCUGAUCUCCGCCAACACCAUCAUAAAGAGAAAACUCUGACAAAACAACGCAAAGAAACGAUGGACUAAAGAAGCAUAAGAUGAUCUGUGCUUCUGUAAGACAAGGCGACGACAAUUGUUUCAUCGUAGUUCUCAUUUAAACUUACUCCAGGACUCAGAUAUAGGCUAUAGAUAGGCUGUGUGUGUUAGAGCGCAGAUACAUGAGUUCAGCCUGUAUGCACGAGCUGUCAGGCACAGCGCUACACGGGGACUGAGACGAGUUCAGCAGACUGGUCCUUCUCAUUUUAUAUUUAAUGAUACACGUUUGUGUUGUGUGUUGAAGGCAGCAGACUCGAGAUCUGCCCACUGCCACACUUCAUGUUACAGGCACACAGAGACUGCUUCAUAAGUGUGUAAACAAGUGCUUAUCAUUUGUUUUUGUUUUGUUUUUUAAAAUCCGAGUGCAUCAGGUCAGAGCUUCUGGUCCAGGUGAACUAAUUCUUUACAUGCAGGUUUAUGCAGUUAGAAAAAAAUGAAUGGGUUGAAGUAAACUGCUUUUCAACUAUAA